GCUACAUUGGACGCACAGGAAUGCCAUAUUUUCCUCCAUUUUUACUGACCCAAUGAUGCGGCAUCCCUUUUGCGCGUUUUCGCAGAUGCUCUGUCGGGGCAUAUGUAGAAAGCCUUGGUGACGAUCUAGCCAUCACCCACCAAUGGAAUCUCGGUGCAUGCGAUUUUGCCGACAUAGCUAAAAGAGAUCCCUGCUUCUCCAGCCACAAUUGUUUGCCUGUUCCCCCACUGCCUCGCUCGUGUUUCCUCUCGUAUAUUACAUGCCUGUCCCCGUUCCCGUCCAGAACUACGACAUAUACCAUUCCAAGAUGGCGCAGGCUUUUUUGAAAACCACUCCUAGUCACUCGCCCUCACCCGAAGUUCCUUCUCCCAGUGCCUCAGGCAACGUGUCACCGAUGUCCAUGCCUUCAAACUUGUCGCGUUCAGAAGAGGGCGAUUCAGAACGUGCCACAACGAGCAGCUCUACUGCACGACCUGAGCUGACACGUUCCUAUUCUGCUGGCAAGGGCGGAUGCUGGACAUGUCGGGUUCGACGAAAGAAAUGCGAUGAGGAGCGCGAGGGCGACUCCUGUAAAACGUGUCUCCGCCUUAGGAUCAAAUGCCUAGGCUGGGGUCCAAAACGUCCUGAAUGGAUGCGUGAUAAAGAUAAGGUGGCUGAAUACAAAGCUAGCAUCAAGGACCAACUUUCGAGAGCAGGCUUGAUCCGUGGACAGCCCCGAGCUGCGUACCUGCAACAUGCGAACAGUACUGUUGUACCGACACAAUCAACGACACCCCCUGCUGGACCUGGACCCAGUACGACUAGCCUUCAACGUAGUGGGAGCGGUAGUACGGCCGAUUUCUCGUAUCGACGGUCCUAUGGAGGCUCUCCAUCGUUUUCGCAAGGCUCCCCAAUGCUCCCCGUUGUACCAAGUUCUACUCCUAAUACAAACGACUUAACACCCAUGAACUCCUUCGUCGAUAGCUCUCUAUCAUCGGAUGCUAUGUUCUUCGGCGGUCCUACUAUAUCCAUGACAAGUAAUGAUACCUUACCUUAUGACACAUUGCUACCUUCCAACGACUUGGCACCACACACUGGCAUGGCCACUCUUAUAGAGCCCUCACUCUCACCAUCCAUCUCUCCCUCAAUAUCUCAAGAUAAUUAUAUACUUUACUACUUCCAAGAGGUCCGAAACCUCCAGUUCGUCUUCGCAGGCAGUGCGUUAGGGAACUUGCUCUACAGCAUUCUGCUGUCGGAACCACAAGGCGCGGUCACUCAUGCCAUUUGUGCUCUAUCUAGUCUACACUCGGCCCGUCUGCGUAUUUCGCGGGGGUUGGAGGUGCCCAACCCUCAUCCAGAGCGUUCUAUACCAAAGUACUUCUACGACCAAGCUGCAAUGCAACUUAUGACGUCGAAGACGAUGGGCGGGCAUUACUCCGAAAAGGAUGCGAUCGCCGCUCUAUACUUGGUCGGAUUCUCGAUGCUCUCCGGAGGGAGUACGAACUGGCUGACGAUGCUCGACAUCGCAUGUGAAUGGCUCUCAGAAACUGGGAUACAGGACGAACAGAACCCCAAACUAACCUUAAGGAACAUGAGCGACAUGUCCAGGUUCGCGGCGCAAGCGACAAUGUGGGUAGAGGUCAUGUCAAGCAUCACACUCCUGCGCUCGCCGCGUUUCCUUUCGUUGUAUCGCAAAUUGUUCGGGAGCGGUGCAGGGUACUGGGCUAGCGCAAACGAGCAGUUCGAUGUUAGAAUGGACAGACUUACAGGUUGUCCCGACGAGGCGAUGCUAGCAUUAGCAGAAACAGCCAAUCUUGCUUACUGGAAGGCUAGCGAGCAGCAUAAGGGAACUCUCAGCGUGCGAGACCUCGUUCGUCGAGGGGACCAAAUUGAACAGGGUCUCCGACAAUUCAACUCCACGCGAAUACUCUCAGAAGGCCAAACAACUCCAGAGCAACAAUUCAUGGUGGACUCGACGUUGUCUUUGGCCGCGGGAUUACCAGCAGCCAUGACUUCGCCAUCACGAUGCACAAACCAAGACGGGGCAUCACCAACGGAAGAGGUCCGCCAGCUGGUGGCGAAAGUCUACCGCGAGACCGCGGUGCUCUACUUGCACACCGUUCUGAACGAUGGACACCCCGGGGUGCCAGAAAUUUCAAACUCUGUAACCGUGCUCUCCGAUCUGUUUCAGAGGCUUCCAGCAUCAGACUUUGAUCGCGCCGUGAUGUUCCCCAUGUGCCUCGCUGGUAGCAUGAGUGACGACCCUUUGCUUCACGACUUCCUCAAGACACGCUGUAUGGCUCAUAAUGACGAUUACGUUGGGAAUCUUUAUCAAGCACGCACCUUUAUGGAAACUGUAUGGAACCGACGUGCUGCAGCCGUCAGUAUGAACCAUCGAAUGGACCCAAUUAAUUGGAGAGGAGUGUUGCGCGACCGUUGGUCGCACCUGUUGUUGCUAUAAGCAACGCCAGUCACGGUCCCCUCGCAGCUCUCAUUGGAAUGCUGUCAGGAUAUCUUUUUUUGUGUAAUCCUUACCUAUACCUAUAGAGUUUGGUUCUCAUGUUGUGAUAUAUACCAAUGUUUAUGAUUGCCCUUUCUGUGUCGAUAGUGCAUUAGCACUUAUAUUAGGUACUCAAGUAGAUAACUUUGUAACAAAUGCACACCUUUGAUAAAUGAUUGUUUAUUUAAUGUACUUUUUAUGUUUGAGGAAUGUCC